UUUGACAGUGACAACUUAGUAUUUACUUCACAGUCCACAGGUUUUAAGUUUUUACACGUGUUUAUAAAUUGUAUAUUUAUAAAUAAACAUUGAAUAAUAAAUAUCGUAUAGGAAUAGUUUAAAAUUGUAAAAAUGUCAUCGUGGAAGAAAGCGGCGAAGGCAAAUCAAAAAACUCACCGGGAAAGGCAUCAACCCGAGACCCGAAAACAUCUUGGACUUCUAGAGAAGAAGAAAGACUACAAGAAGCGUGCAGAUGAUUACCAUAAGAAAGGAAAGACAUUAAAGUUACUGCGAAAACGCACAUUAGAUAAAAAUCCUGAUGAAUUCUACUUUCAUAUGAUAAAUUCCAGGGUGAAAGAUGGAGUGCAUCAUGAAUUGGAGAAAGAAGAUGAGCAUUCAUCAGAGCAGGUGAAGCUGAUGCAGACACAAGACAUCAAGUACAUCAACAUGAAACGCACUAUAGAGAGCAGAACAAUCAACAGAUUACAAGCUCAACUUCACAUGACUGAUGUGGCAGACUCUACUCCUAACACACACACCUUCUUUGUGGAUGAGUGGGAGGAGAAGGAAUUGGAUGUAGCCAAGAGACUGGACACACACCCAGCACUACUUGGAAGAAAGUCCAACCGACCAAAACUGUCUGACCUGGACAAGAUCACACUGCCAGAUGUUGAUGAAGAGACUGUUGAAAAAAUGAAAAAGAAGAAAGAAAAAAUUUACAAAGAAAUAGCAAAGAGGAUACAGAGGGAGAAAGAGUUAACUGUGGUGCAUCAGAAGAUGGAACUGAAGCGCCACCUACAGGACGUAAAGGUGAUGAAGCCUAAGAAAAUAGCGCGCGGCUCCAAGGACGCGGCGCCCGUGUACCAAUUCCAAUACAAUAGGAAAAAAUAAUAAAUGUUGAUUUAAUAAGAAA